AUGUGUGUGAUACUUGGUAGUCCUUCUUGCAAAGUUCGUAUUUUAUUUUAUGAUGUAUUAAUUUAUUAUUCUUUGUUUCAGAUUCCUUCUGGGAUUUUCUCCCUAUGCAAAGUACUGAGGAAAGAGGCCUUAAUUUUGUUUGGAAACCAUUUUUCUUCAUUGAAAGGUGGUGGCAGCCUUAGUGAACUUAGUUCUCUACGGGUUCUUGAUCUCCAUGAUAAUGAAUUCUCCAGCUUACCAGAAGAGAUAGGGGAGUUACAAAACUUACAGGUUUUAAAUCUUGCCAGUAAUAAACUGAAAGAACUCCCCUCCAGCAUUGGGAAGCUUAAAGUAUUGCAGACACUCAAUGUGAGAGACAACAAAUUAAAAGUCCUCCCAGAAACCCUUUGUCAGUUGUCAAGGUUACGUACACUAGAUGUCUCUGGCAACCAUAUCACUGCAUUACCCAAGAAGCUCUGCAAUAUUCGUACACUUGAUACUCUGAUAGUAACAGCAUCUGACAUGAAAAUGCCUCCAGCAGACAUAUGCAACCAAGGCACAGAGACCAUUAUGAAGUAUUUAUGCAGUGAAUGUGGUAUAGAAUAUAUACCACCCUCCAAGGUAUUGCUUGACCAACUGGACUCUCCACUGGACAUGGAGACAAAGUGGAGAAAACAGUCCCUCAGAGCUAUGGAGGAAGAAAACUUAAAGGAUACCUUGCAACAUUACCAAAGCCUAAAGGUAGAUGAUGAUAAUUGUUUUUAA